AUGAACAAUUCUUGUCCCAACCUUGUCAAGGUCUGUGACAAUGAAAAUCAACUAAAAUAUGUCUACCACCAUAAUAACAAAACUCCAAUCAUUUUAAAAGCUUUAGUGCUGUUGAUUACUGCAUUGCUCCUCUCUAUUACCCCUUCAUUCCCUUACAGAAUAUAUAGCUUUUUAGUUAUUAUUGGAUCAAUUGUGAUUUUCAACUCCAUCAAAAUCAAUCAAAGAAUUGAAGUGAAGGAAACAAGUGGUAUAUUUCAUAAUAGUGUUCAACAUAAAUUCAUAUCAAGUGAACAAGUUAUUGAUGUUGUUAUAAAUGAAGGUGCUUAUGGUUUACAAUUCAUUUAUUACCUUGCUAUAAUUGUCAAAGAUCUUGAUAGAUUGGUUUUAAUAUUUCCGGAAACUGAUUUAAGAUUAGCACACUUGGAAAAACUACGAGCGGAAAUUAGAAAAAAAAGUCAUCAAUAUUCAAGAGCUAUGAGUAGUAUUGUCAACAAGAGUGGUGUUAGAUUUGCACCAAAAGCUAAACAACGUCGUUCUACAACAGGAACACCAAUUGCUAGUAGAAGGCCAAGUGUUACACCAACCCCUGAUACAUCAAGAAGAUCAAUAGAUGCUAGUUUUGAAGAUACAAAUAACAGAGCGGGAAAAGAGGAUGAUGAUGAAAAUUCAGAUGACGAUGAUGAAGAUGAUGGCCCAUUAUUAAAACCGAGUACAAUUGAAAUGCCAAAACCUCAAGAAACAAAGCAAAGAAGAUUAUCAACUCUGAGCAAUAUAUCGAAUAGAGACAUCUUUAAGAAAGUUUCCGUACAGAAUGGAUAUACGCAUGAUGCUACUAGUUCGAGUAAUGCUGAUAGAAAAACUCAUAUCAUUGGUAUUCCUCAACCACCAGCACCUGUCAAGAGAAGAAGAAGUACAGUUAGUCAAAGUAGACGUGGGUCUGCUUUGAAAAGAAAAUCUGUUAGUGAAGUGCCUGGGGCUACUCCUCCCGCUUCUGCUGCUGGUACUGCUACACCAUCUGCUGCAAGUUCUGUACCACCUCCACCUAUUUUACAAAAAGUUUCAGAGAAGGAAGCUCCAGUUGAAAAACCACAAGUUUCAAGACCAACCACUAUUGAAACAACAUCCAAAGAUAAAGGUGAAACUGAUGAACCAUUAUCCCCAACAUCUUCAAGUCAAGACCCAUUUACAAGUUCACUUCCGAUUCCAUCAACUCUGCCAUCAAGUCUUCCAUCGACUGCACAAGAUGGUUCAAAAAGUCAAAAGUCAUCUGAAACUCCAGUUGAACAACAAUCACGUCCUGUUAGUGCACCUGAAGCAUCAAGACCUGCUGUUGAUAAUAAUGCCUCAAAAGAACAAUCACCAAUGCCUAUAGGUAUCCCAAUCAUAAGAAGACCAUUCACAGCACCUACUUUGUCAAAAGCUGAAGGUAAAGCACCAGAAGAUGAUACUGUUGCCUCAUCUCCUGCACCACAAGCACCAUCACACACUAAUGAUGAAGAUACGGGUAGAAUGACUGAAGGUUUAUAUUUUGAUGAGGAAACUCAACAGCUGAGAAAGAUUAUGUAUGAUCCAAAGGAUAAAACACCAGGUUUUGAAAUCCUUACAUCAUUCCAAGCAAAGAAAUAUGAUCAAUUUUCUAGAAAUUUCAGUUCAAUAAAUCCUGAGCUGUCUCAACAUAUCACUAUUGAUGAAGAAUCGUUCACUAUUCAAGAUCUUUGUAAACCUACAUUACCAAUUGGUAAAGUUUCAUCAAAUUUCCAUCAAGCUCAAGAAGCUCGUAAGAGUAAAAUGAAACAAAGAAAAGAAAAGAGAGAAUUAAGAAGAUUGGCCAAGGAGAAUAGAGUUUCAUUAGAAAGUUUGACUGAUAAAGAUAGUGUGAAAAAGGAAACGAAAAAGGAAGGUGAAGAAGGUGAAGGACAAGAUGGUGAACCUGAAGAGGAGCAAAAAGUAGCCUCAAGCUCCAAUGCAGCUAUUCAAUUGAAAGUUGGUGCAGAUGGUAAUCUUAUUGUUGAUGAAGAUUCAAGACUGAUAGAUAGACAUGUUAAUAUUGAUAAUGACACUAGAGAAAGGUACAAUCAAAACCCAUUUGAAAAUGUCGUUAAUUCUGCGUCAUAUGGGAAACAAAGAUAUACAGAUAAAUGGGAUGAAAAUGAGGUACUGAAAUUUUAUAGAGCAUUAGGUCAAUGGGGUACUGAUUUUGGUUUGAUUGCACAAAUGUUCCCACAUAGAACAAGAAGACAAGUUAAGGCUAAAUUCAUAUUAGAAGAGAAAAAGAGACCAAGAUUAGUUGAUCUGGCUUUAAAUAACAAAUUGAACGGUAAUUUUGAUUUUGAAUCAUAUUGUUCAGAUGCUAACAAGACUUUUGGUACAUUGAAUGAUUUCAAUACUAAACUUGAACAGCUGAAGAAAGAUCAUGAAGAAAACUUGAAGGAAUUGAGUAUAGCUAGAGAAAAAGCUAAGGAAGAGGAUUUGAUUAGACAAAAGAAGAGAGAAUUAGAAGUCAAGUCUGGUCAAGGUACUAGACAAUUGACUAGACAAGAGAGAUUGCUAGAGUUGCGUAAGCAUGAAACUGUUCUUGGAUCUAUUGAUGAUAUUAAGAAGCAAAGAGAAGAGGAGGAAGCUGCUGCAGCUGCUGCACUUUCGUGA